GCUGGUCUGGUCAGUCAACAGAAAACAUUCACGCUUGAUGGUUCGGGUUUCGUUAACGUGUGUGUUAUUUCACGUUCCUUUCGAUUUAAUUUUUUAUAGAUAAAAAUUGAUUUCCGUUCUAAGUGGUUAGUAAUUUCAUAUAUUCACGCCCAAUUAUUGUUUCGAUCGCAGAGCUGUAUUUGAUAUCAAACUACGGUCCAUUUGGCGUGUGCAAUUAUUUUCGAUUUGCAUUUUUUGGAGAACACUUUUGUGCGCAACUGAAAGAAGUAAGCGAAAUCGCGAAGAAAACCAGUUUCGUUUGUUUGCGGCUGUGAAUGGAGGAUGCAGAAAAAGAAAAUGGAAACAUGCGAAAAUCGAUUGCUCUGAUCAUGUUGUGGUGUUGUGUUUUGGAAACUGCAGUUUGAAGUUAUACGUAAUUUUCGUUUUUUCUAGUGUAAACGUUGAUACUGCUCCAAUAGGUUGCAAUCCAAAUCGGCCUUGGUCAACAUUCUCUAUGCGGCGAUUUGAUUCACCAAGUGUCUGCAAAGUAAAUCGGAGAAAAUCUAAUGUUGAUGUGCUCUAGUCAUUCGAGAAACUUUUAGCAGCUAUCUUAUUCUAGUUGGAGUUACGUUUAGUUUACCGUUCAGCCGAGUGUUUCUAUAAGUGAGUUUUUCUCUAAUUAAUCAGGUGUUAUUAUCGUUCAAUUUUCUGGAAAUAUCGUAAGUGUUCUUAAAGUGGCAAUGAAUUAAUUUCUCAUUUUGUGUGAACUGCUUUAGAAUUGCAACACAUUUAGUGUGAACUUAUUGAAACUCAAGUACGAGCAACACAGGAAAAGAAUACCAAAUUUCAGAACUAGCUGAUCUACGUGUUUCUCGAGAAAGGAUAUCUAGCUUGGAGUUACCAUUGCCGUAUCCGUCGAAACACGUCGAAUGCAUAAAUAUUUGUUUAUAGCCGCCUGCGACCAUACAGAAUAAUCACGAAGGAAUCACAAAUAGCAGUGAAAAGAUGUCAGACGACGAUAAGGAAUCUUCUGUACGAGUUGCAGUCAGAAUCCGUCCUCAAAUACCGCGUGAGCUGAUAGAUAUGUGCCGGGUGUGCACUCAGGUUACACCCGGUGAACCCCAGGUAUACCUUGGUUCGGAUAAGGCAUUUACCUUCGACUAUGUCUUUGAUACGUCUGCGACACAGGUUUCCGUGUACGCCAGUUGUGUCGAUAAGCUGGUUGAAGGAGCAUUAAAAGGUUACAAUGCAACGGUGCUAGCAUACGGCCAGACUGGCUCGGGUAAAACCUAUACUAUGGGAACUGGCUUCGAACGAGACAUUCCGGAGUUUCAGGAAGGGAUAAUAACUCGUGCUGUACGGCAUCUUUUCGAGGGUAUCACUCAGUUGCAGGCGACUCCCUAUGACGAGGAUGGAGUAUAUCUCGGUUCACUGCAGUUUAGUGUGGCGGCACAAUUCAUGGAGCUGUACAACGAGGAAAUUAUUGAUCUGCUUGACCCCUACAGUAAAGGUCGAUUAUUUAAAAUUCACGAGGAUGCCAGUGGAGGUAUCAGUGUUGCUGGCGCCACCAUCAAACCUCUCAGUGGGCCUCAAGAUGCGCUGCGCUGUUUGAUGCAAGGCGCCCUGGCACGCACAACAGCCUCCACUCAGAUGAACGAACAAUCAUCCCGGAGUCACGCUCUCUUCACGAUUCUGAUUAGGCGCCAGCGGGUGAUGAGUGCCGAGGAAUGCGGCAAUUCGGAGGGGGAUUUGGAAACACUGACAUCGAAAUUUCACUUUGUCGAUUUGGCCGGUUCAGAACGGCUCAAGCGAACCGGUGCGACGGGUGAACGAGCGCGGGAGGGAAUCUCAAUCAACUGUGGUCUGCUGGCUCUGGGUAAUGUAAUUUCAGCACUCGGCGAUAAGACAAAGAAAGUUUCACAUGUGCCCUAUCGUGACUCGAAACUAACCCGACUACUGCAGGAUUCUCUCGGUGGAAAUAGUCAAACCAUCAUGAUCGCUUGUGUGUCGCCGAGUGAUCGUGACUUCAUGGAAACGCUGAACACGUUGAAGUACGCCAACCGAGCGCGCAACAUCAAAAACAAAGUACAAAUCAAUCAAGACCAGAGCUCGCGAACGAUCUCACAGCUGAGGCGUGAAAUUGCCGCCCUACAGCUGGAACUACUCGAAUACAAACAGGGCAAACGGAAUGUCGACUCGGAAGGUAACGCAGCUAUUUCGGAUACGUUUUUGGAGAAUGCCAUGCUGUUACAAGACAACAAGCGCUUGCAGCAGCGGUUGAAGGCGAUGCAGGAAACUAUCAAUGCUCUUACAGAUAAGAACGCGACUCUGCAAGCGCAGCAAGCUCUUUUCGGGUGGUCAUCGGGCAGCACUGGUGGCAGUGGCGAGCAGGACGGGAACGUGGGCAGUGACUCCGCAAUGCAACAACUAGUUGCUGGAUAUAUCAGCGAGAUCGAGAAGCUAAAGGCAAAACUAAUCGAAUCGGAACAGAUGUUCCAACAGUUGAAGAAAGCGAAUGUCAGCCCAUCCAAGCUUGGAUUAAAAAGCAAUUAUUCGUUUAUUGAAGAUUCGACGGAAACAGUUAUUAACUUGGCGAAACGGGAGCUAGAGAAAGAACGAGAGCUUUUGAUGUCGCGAUCCCUACCUGGCCUGGAAAAUGACAGUAGUAAUCAGAGCUUGGUAGAUGGCUCGGAUAGCGAUUCUGAUACAGAAUCGGAUGACAAGACUGGUGAAUUGCAAGCUGAGAUGAAUGACAUCAACUCGGAUAUUGAGAUUAAAUCUAAGCUGAUUGAACAGUUAGAAUUGUCUCGACAACGAAUGCAGGUUAUGCGGCAACAAUACGAGGAAAAGCUCAAUGUACUAAAUGCAAAGAUUAUCAACACCCAAAAGGAGCGCGAUCAGGUGUUGGCUAAUAUGAGUGGAACCAGUACAAGCGGAGGUACUGUACAAACCGACCGGAUUCGCAAGGUAAAGGAAGAGUAUGAGCGAAAGUUGUCUGAUAUGCAGAAGGAACUGAAGAAACUUCAGAUGGCUCAAAGAGAACAUCUGAGGCAGCAGCGUGAGCUGCAAGCACAAGACACUCAGCUGAAAACACUUCGUGGAGAAUUGGGUGAACUGAAGCAGAUAAAAAUUCGUCUGAUGAAAAAAAUCCAAGAGGAGAACAACAAACACAAAGAAAUGGAAAGUAGGAAGACUCGAGAAAUUGCCCAGCUCAGGAAGGAAAGUAGGAAGCAAGUGAAUAUGAUCAAAUCUCUGCAGGCUCAGGGAGUCGCUAAAGAUCAAGUUUUAAAGCGCAAAACGGAAGAAGUUUCAAAUCUUCGAAAAACACAACGUGGCAUGUUAAGCAUGAAAGCCGCUGGCAGGUGUCCACCGAAGAAAUCAGUCCUAGCUCAAAACACCAAGAAUUUAAAAACUAAGUGGGACUCAUUACAACGUACUAUUACGCGUGCAGCGAGAAGCAGACAAGCAGUAUUGGAACUAGAAAGAGAACUAGAACGUUUACUGCAAGAGCGGGAUGGAUUAAGCCGUGAUUUGGCGAAUGUGCGUUCCCGGCAAGGGUUGGGCGAUGUUGCCGAACUUAUAUCCGAGGAAGACACCAUCAUGGCUAACAUGAAUUACAUUCAGGAAAAUAUUACCCAGAUUCAACAUUCCAUCAUGGAAUUAGAAGAGGGCAAAGAAUCUGCAACAGAGCAAAUACAACUUCAGAACAUUCUGGAAAACAUUCGCUCCGUUGAAGAGGCCAAAUUUAUUCUAGAAAAACUUUGUGGUGCUACUAUUGCCCAGGUGUGUGAAUCUGCUCUUACACAGACUAGACUGAAGGAGCGUGAAGCAUUGUUGAACGAGGUCCAGCAAGAUAGCAGCAUACAACAACAACUACUGCAACACAUUCUGGAAAGAACACCAGCCGCGACGUUUUCUGAUACGAGUUUCAGCUCGGGCCAGUCGAAUCAUUCUAAUGCUGUAAUGAAUUCAAUGUUGCAAGCAGUCGCACUGUCCAACGGUUUAUCGCAGCCUUAUGAGAAUCGAGCGGAAAUGACGACAGAGAGUAAUACAUAUGUAAUCAAUUCCGCCACCAGAAGCCCAUCCCCCAGCAGCAGUACAGAACUCGAUAACGAUAACAUUGUCACCUACAGAAACUCCUUCAAGCUAAGACGAAGGCCCACCGCCGGUCAAGAGCCGCUACCGUACGGGGACGAAUCCGGUUCUCCGUCCGCUGGCAGUAAGCUUGAAAGGGUGGGUAUUUGUAUUUAUCUUGAGGAUUCGGCAGAUGACGAUGACACGAUAAAACGCUCUCCGCAGGACGAGCAUGGCAGUAGUAUGACUCGUUCGUACACGACCGCUGGCGAAGGAUCACAUAUUCCGGUGGCCGUGAACAACAACAAUACUGCUGGUACUGGGACAAGCGUUGCCGGGCGAAGUUUCAUUCCGCUCUCGCGUGUUCCUAGUGCCCCCGGGUCGUUGAAAGGGCUUCAACCGGUUCCAAGCAUAUCUCGUCAGAACAGCACCGCGUCUCCCCUGCUGGCACGGAAAUCAUUCGAUCCCACUCCAUCGUCACCUCGAAUCUCCAGGCGGACAUUCCCGAACAAAGCUUCGCCUGGAAUCGAGGAUACCAACGACAUACCAACCUCACCUCCGGUAUACCGUCGGGGAACGUCCCGUGAAGACACCGGUGAUGUAUUUUCACGCCUUGGAGCCGGAAUACAGGACCCCUCUCCUGGUGGCAACAUCAAAGAGUACAAUGGAAAGCUGAAGGCUGGAGCUCCGCUUCUAUGCACUCACGUUGUAGAUGGCCACAGUAAUUCAGUAUUGUCCAUUAAAGUGUCUAAUCAGACACUGUAUACGGCUGCAGCAGACCGAACCGUCAAAGUUUGGGAUUUACGGAGCGGCUCAACACCAACAUGUUUGACGGGUCAUCUUGGGCCUGUCGCAUCUGUCGAAUGUGAUCGAACCAACAGUCUGCUUUUCUCCGCCUCGGGAGCCUUUGUCAAAGUAUGGGAUCUUAGGCAUAGCAACAUCAAACCAAUCGUGACGUUAUGUUCCUCGGGAUCCAUCCUUCCCGCAAAUGCCUCGCUGUCCGAUCUGAUUCCAGGGGAAAGUUCGAUCACCGCUCUCAAAUUGGGUGCCUCAGGUAAACUAUACACAGCUGCUUCGGAUAAAGUUCGUAUGUGGGACUUGCGGACGUUUUCCUGCCUCGGUCGACUGUCCGGCGGUCAUCAGGCGGCCGUUAUGUGUCUCACCGCCUGGGAAGGUCCUAAUAACACUGAUUUGGUGGCAACCGGUUCCAAGGACCAUUACGUCAAAGUUUUCGAAGUCAAUUCUACCGGCGGAAAUGUUCCGCCAUUACUUAAUCUGGAACCACCGCACUACGAUGGGGUGCAAGCACUUGCAGUUGCAAAGGACGCGACCGGUGUCGACGCCGAGUUGUUUUCCGGGAGCCGAGAUUCCGGCAUUAAAAGGUGGGAUUUGCGCAACGGAGAACUCAAGCAAUCGCUCAACAACGCUCACAAAGGGUGGGUCUCAGGAAUGGCCAUCUACGGUGAUAUUUUGCUGUCUAGUUGCCGUGGUGGCGUUAUUCGUCUAUGGAAUGUUAAAAAUUGUGAUAGUCUAGCCGAGAUGAAGACGGAUCAAUCAAUUAACGAUAUUGUCACCAGCGACAAUCGAGUGUUCACAGCAUCCAAUGACGGUAAGGUUCGGCUAUGGCGUGUUUCUUCCGCAAUCCGGCGGUUCAGUGCUGAGAACAGAUGACGCCAGAGUACGGAGGCGAUGCUGGAUCGAAUGUACUAUAACUACAGUAGCAGUAUGCGGAACAUUCAUUCAAUGUCGUCUUCCGUCGGGCCGGGUCCUGCUCCUGGAUACUUAACAGCCGAACAACCUCCUGCAGAAAGCAGUAGACGGUCAUUAACUACCACAUCAGCUACGACAGCGGCCGGGAAUCUGUCGUCCCAAUCUUUUACCUCACCGUCGCCGUCAACCGCCGCAUCGAUACGUAACAGUAGACUGUACCGGAGCCUAAAUCAUAAUUAUCUUGGUGUACUGAGUAGGGUAAACAGCAGGAGGUAGUAAAAAGCGCAAAAUAUCUCAUCUGGUAAUGCCCUUUGUAUGCACAAGUAAGAUUCGAGUUCUCUACAAUUGCGCGCCAAUUAGAUAGACUUAUUAGCUACUAGAAUUUUGUUUAUUAGUGUACAGGGUUUCACACGACUUCUAACAACAGUCAUACAAUAAUAGCUUUAAUCUUCUUGAUUGUCUCCCAGUUACGGGCUAACAUAAACCAGGUUCUUACACCAUCCAAUUGGAAGACAAAUCUUGCCUUGAACCUGACAGUAAUUUAAUACUUAGCGAUGUAAUGUUCGCACAUGACGUGGUGUUUCCGUUAGGAUUAGCAACAUAGAAACCAAUUCAAAUCGUGGAAUUCUAUCGAUUCCACAUUGUAACGAUGAAAGACAAUUUUUCCAGUAUUUUGUUUGUCCUGCAACUUAUAAAUGCAUCUCUUUUUAUUCUGCAUACAUUCAGUCUUCGAAAUCGAACACCAGUGAAGGCACUAGUUAGAACAGGCCCAAAUUCGGUUGGUUGUGAUGUAGUUUGUAAGAAUGAUAUAGAUAUAUGUUCUUUUUUAAUUAAUGUGAAGUUAUCAUUUCGAUUAGUUUAUCAUGUUUUGUUUCGUUCUAACGUUUUUGAGUUUAGCUGCUGCCCUCAGAUUUACCCUUAUUUUUAUGAUCAUAUAGACACUUCUCACAAGUAUUCCACUGCAGCUUUAUAUAUUAGGUUGAAACGAAUAACGAUUACUAGUUUUUUUUAUACUGAACUUCUAACUUAUUGGUAUAUCUUGAUUGAAAUAUAGUUCAACCUGCAAUCUACACUAGGUUUAAACAUAUUAGAAACUGUAACAAUUUACUAAAACUGGUUUUAUUGAGCGUAAAUAAUUACCAUUGUGAAGAAUAAUAUAUUUAUCUGCCAGCAGUGGUAUCAAUUACUAAACAUGUGACGGUAGAAACCAAUAAACUGUUUAUUGUCCAGCGUAUAUUGAGCACAUACGAUAUUUCGAUCAAUCAAUCUAAAA